AUGUUGCGCUUGGCUGCUCAGCGUUUGCAGGGUGUGGUUGCGGCUGCCAACCCCGCCACCCUCUCCUCCGCCCCUCGGUUCCUCGUGGCGGCCCGUCGCUAUCAUCAAAACGUGAUUGACCAUUACGAAAAUCCUCGCAACGUCGGUUCGCUGGACAAGGCCAAUGAAAAGGUCGGCACGGGUGUGGUCGGGGCCCCUGCCUGCGGUGACGUUAUGAAGCUGCAGAUUGAGGUUGAUGACAACGGCAUGAUCAAGGAGGCCGUCUUCAAGACGUUUGGCUGCGGUUCUGCCAUCGCCUCCAGCUCUCUGGCCACCGUCAUGAUCAAGGGUCUGCACAUUGAUGAGGCGGCCAAGAUUCAGAAUUCAGACCUGGCAAAGGAGCUCCGGUUGCCCCCCGUCAAGCUGCAUUGCUCCAUGCUGGCAGAGCAGGCCAUUCAGGCGGCCAUCAAGGACUACCGUACAAAGUCCUCCACCGAUACCCCGCAAGCUGCCACGGCCUGA